AUGAGCUCAACAUGUGACCUGGAGCAGAUGGCAGAAAUAGAGCUUCAGAGGGAGGAAGAGGAGGAGGAAGAGGAGGAUCAGAGGAGGAAGAGGAGCGUCCCGGACCGUCCGUCACUUCCUCCCAGUGUGCUCAGCCCUGAUUCAUCACAUCCGUACUACGACGUGGCUCGACACGGCAUCAUCCAGGUCUCCGGUGACGAUAACUACGGCAGGAAGUUGAUCAUCUUCAGCAGCUGUUGUCUUCCUCCGUCUCACCAGCUGAACCAUCGCCGCCUGCUCGAGUAUCUGAAGUUCACAUUGGACCAGUAUGUGGAGAUGGAUUACAUCCUGGUUUAUUUCCACUUCGGCCUUCGCAGCAGCAACAAGCCGUCUCUGCGAUGGUUACGAGAAGCGUACGGAGAGUUCGACAGGAAAUACAAGAAGAACCUGAAGACUCUCUACGUCGUCCAUCCAACAAACUUCAUCCGGAUUGUCUGGAACAUUUUCAAACCUCUGAUCAGUCACAAGUUCGGGAAGAAGCUGACGUACGUGAACUACCUGGCCGAGCUGAGAGAACAUCUGAACUACGAGCAGCUCAUCAUCCCUCCAGACGUACUCAGACAUGAUGAGAAGUUACGAGCCGCUCAGAAGGACGGCCCCCCCCCCACAGUGAAAACUCCCCCGCCUCGACCCCCGCUGCCCACACAGCAGUUUGGAGUCAGUCUGCAGUACCUCAGAGAGAAGAACAGGUCGGAGUUAAUCCCUCCUGUGAUGAGUCAGACUGUCGCCUACCUGAAGGAGAAAGGCGUCCGGACCGAGGGAAUCUUCAGACGCUCGGCUCGAGUUCAGCUCAUCAAAGAUGUUCAGAAACUCUACAACCUGGGGAAACCUGUAAACUUCGACCUGUACAACGACGUCCACGUUCCUGCUGUCAUCCUGAAGACGUUUCUCAGAGAGCUGCCGGAACCGCUGCUCACAUUCAGAGUCUACAGCCAGGUUCAUGAUAUACUCAACGUGGAGACUUCUCUGCGGGUGACCAGGUGCAAGCAGAUCGUUGAAAGUCUUCCUGAACAUAACUUCGUCGUGCUGAAGUUCCUGCUGAGUUUCCUCCAUCAGGUGUCUCUGGAGAGCAUCGUCAACAAGAUGAGUGCGUCUAACCUGGCCUGCGUGUUCGGGGUGAACCUGGUUUGGCCUCGUCAGGGUUCGAUCUCUCUGUCCGCUCUGACGCCCAUAAACAUCUUCACCGAGAUCCUCAUCGAACAUUUCCCCAGCGUGUUCGGCUCCCGCUGCCCACCGGCUCAGGUAACGCCCUGA